AUGGAAAGCUUCAAGCUGUCCUUGCUUUUCUCCCUUCUCGCCUUCCUCCUCCUCGCCAUUGUCACCGCCGGAGACGAGCUCGGCACGUACGUCAUCCACGUGCAGCCCCAGGAGAACCGCCCGUUCGCCACCAUUGACGACCUGAAGGCGUGGCACCAGUCCUUCCUCCCCGAGCAUGGCCGUCUCCUGCACUCCUACCACCACGUCGCGAGCGGCUUUGCGGCGCAGCUGACGCGGCGGGAGCUCAAAACCGUCUCCGCCAUGCCCGGGUUUGUCGCCGCGGUGCCGAACGUGAUCUACCACGUGCAGACGACGCACACGUCGCAGUUCCUCGGGCUGGACACGACGCUGGGUGUGAGGAACUUGUCCGUCGGCUCCGGCGAAGGCGUCAUCAUCGGGGUGCUUGACACCGGUGUCUUCCCCGACCACCCCUCCUUCAGCGGCUUCGGCAUGAUGCCGCCGCCGGCCAAGUGGAAGGGGAGGUGCGACUUCAACGGCUCCGUGUGCAACGGGCACAAACUGAUCGGUGCUCGGACCUUCAUCACCAGCGGCAACCCCAGUGCUCCUGGCGCCGCCCCCGUGUCGCCGAUCGACGGGAAUGGGCACGGCACGCACACAUCUAGCACCGCCGCAGGAUCAGCCGUGCCGGGUGCUCAGGUGCUUGGGCAGGGCAACGGCACCGCGUCCGGUAUCGCGCCCCGCGCGCACGUCGCCAUGUACAAGGUUUGCGACGCGAGCGGUGCCUGUGCCGUUGUAGAUGUACUCGCUGGCAUCGACGCCGCCGUGUCCGACGGCUGCGACGUUAUAUCCAUAUCUCUCGGCUUUCCUCAGCGGCCUUUCUACAAUGAUAGCGUCGCCGUCGGCACGUUCGCCGCAGCGGAGAAGGGGAUCUUCGUCAGUAUGGCGGCUGGCAACGCCGGCCCGAGAAACUCCACAAUAUUGAAUGAGGCGCCAUGGAUGCUCACCGUCGCGGCGAGCACCAUGGACCGUUUGAUCAUCGCCAAGGUUAUCCUUGGAGAAAACCUCUCGUUCGACGGCGAGUCGCUCUACCAGCCCGACAACUCGGUGGCUGCCCCGUUGUUCUACCCCGGUGCGAACUCAACGCCCUCCGCCCAGUUCUGCGGCAACGGCUCGUUGGACGGCUUUGACGUCAGGAACAAGAUAGUGUUAUGCGACAGCGGCAACGUCCUGCCGGUGGAGAAGGGAGCCGAGGUGCUGAGGGCCGGAGGCGCAGGCAUGAUUCUGGCCAACGAGUUUUCCCAGGGUUACAUCACGUCCCUGGUCGCGCACGUCCUGCCGGCCUCGCGAGUCAGCUAUGCUGCUGGAGUGGAGAUCAAGAACUACAUCAAGUCAACGCCGAACCCGACGGCCAAUAUCUCCUUCAGAGGCACGGUCCUCGGCACGUCGCCGGCGCCGGUCAUCACCUACUUCUCCUCCCGUGGCCCCAGCGUCCACAGCCCCGGCAUUCUCAAGCCUGACAUCACGGGCCCGGGCGUGAACGUGAUCGCGGCGUGGCCGUUCCAUGUCGGCCCACCGUCGAUUGACCUCAGGCCGACCUUCAACAUUCUCUCCGGCACGUCCAUGUCGACGCCGCACCUUGCUGGUGUCGCCGCCCUGAUCAAGAGCAAGCACCCCGACUGGUCGCCGGCUGCGAUCAAGUCCGCCAUCAUGACCACCGCCGACGUCACCGACCGCUCCGGCACGCUGAUACUCGACGAGCAGCACAAGACCGCCGACCUCUUCGCCGUCGGGGCCGGCCAUGUCAAUCAGGAGAAGGCCGUGGACCCCGGCCUGGUCUUCGAUGCCGCCGCCGAAGACUACAUCGGCUACCUAUGCGGCAUGUAUACGAACCAGCAAGUCUCGGUGAUCGCGCGCCGGGCGGUGGACUGCUCGGCCGUCAAGGUGAUCCGAGAGUACCAGCUAAACUACCCAUCGAUCUCGCUGAGGUUCCCACAGACAUGGAGCCCGACGUUUGUUAUCGAGGUAGACCGCACUGUGAAGAACGUCGGAGAGGUGCCAGCCACGUACCACCAUCAGGUCGACAUGCCGGCAGACAGCCCUGUGAGCGUCGGCGUUUUCCCGAGCUCCCUAUUGUUCACCGAGGCGGACCAAGUGCAGAAGUUACAAAUAUUCGUGUGGGCGACCAACAGCAGCGCCACGGCGGUGCAGGGCGCCCUACUGUGGGUGUCGGAGAAGCACACCGUGAGGAUCCCCAUCUCGGUCACCUUUGCCGCAGAAUAG